AUGAGUAUCGUACGGACAAUCAAGAACAUGCGCGCGGUGGGAUUCAAGGAGUGGUUCAGAAAUAUGACGUACAUCGGAGAUGCGAAGAUGGGGACACAUGUCGGAACGGAUCAGAUGGGGAACAGAUACUAUGAGAACAACAACCCCAUGGAGGAGGUUCCUGGCCGUCAACGCUGGGUAGACUAUGCGCAAGACGAUUUCAACGCCUCGCAAGCCGUUCCAGAGUGGCACUCAUGGCUGCACCACAUCAGGAAAGACCCGCCACCUACCGACCCGAUCAUGAAUGCCAGCCGACCACCAUGGCUUGCUGACUUCAAGGAGAACUUGACCGGAACACGAGGCGCGUACAAGCCAUACUCAACCGUCGUACCAAAGAUCAGGGCAUGGGAUCCGGUGGUCAAGCAACGAGGAGGUGGCGCAGCGAGCGCGAGCUCGGAGACCCAGGCUUGA